AUGGCGCCGAGUAGACGGGAUUUACAGCUUACUCCUCUCUCCGGAGACACUGAUGCGGAGAUCGGCGCCAUGGAGGAAGUCCGUCUCCUCGAUUCCUACGACCACGACAACGAUGAUUCUCUUAGUAAGAUCGAGGAAGGAGGAGCAAACAAUCUUCGGACGAUUCAGGUCGGAGUAACCGGUAUGACUUGCGCCGCUUGUUCUAAUUCCGUCGAAGGUGCUUUGAUGAGCGUUAACGGUGUCUUCAAAGCCUCCGUCGCUUUAUUACAGAACAGAGCCGAUGUCCUUUUUGACCCCAUCUUAGUCAAGGAAGAGGAUAUUAAAGAGGCGAUAGAGGAUGCUGGAUUCGAGGCUGAGAUUUUGUCUGAGCCUGUUACUUCUGGGACAAAGACACAACACGCUACUUUGGUGGGUCAGUUUACAAUUGGAGGCAUGACGUGUGCAGCUUGUGUUAACUCUGUUGAAGGUAUUCUAAGAGAUCUCCCUGGAGUGAAGCGAGCUGUUGUGGCUUUAGCUACUUCCUUAGGUGAAGUUGAGUAUGAUCCUAAUGUGAUUAGUAAAGAUGAGAUUGUGACUGCGAUUGAAGAUGCUGGGUUUGAGGGUUCGCUUGUGCAGAGUAAUCAGCAGGAUAAGUUGCUUUUGAGGGUUGAUGGUGUGAUGAAUGAGCUUGAUGCUCAGGUUCUUGAAGGUAUACUUACUAGGUUGAAUGGGGUUAGACAGUUUCGUCUUGACCGGAUAACGGGAGAGCUUGAGGUUGUGUUUGAUCCUGAAGUUGUGAGCUCGAGGUCGUUGGUUGAUGGGAUUGAAGGAGAAGGGUAUGGGAAGUUUAAGUUGCGUGUUAUGAGUCCUUACGAGAGGUUGACUUCUAAAGAUACUGGAGAGGCCUCGUUUAUGUUUCGUCGUUUUAUCUCAAGUCUUUCUCUUAGUAUUCCACUCUUCUUUAUUCAAGUGAUCUGUCCCCACAUUGCUCUUUUUGAUACCGUACUGGUGUGGAGAUGUGGUCCCUUCAUGGUCGGUGAUUGUUUGAAAUGGGCCUUGGUAAGUGUUAUUCAGUUUGUUAUUGGCAAGCGUUUCUAUGUUGCCGCAUGGAGAGCUCUUCGAAAUGGUUCAACUAACAUGGAUGUGCUGGUCGCUCUGGGCACGUCUGCGUCUUACUUCUACUCUGUUGGGGCUCUUUUGUAUGGAGCAGUCACUGGGUUUUGGUCACCAACUUACUUUGAUGCAAGCGCUAUGUUGAUAACAUUUGUCUUGCUGGGAAAAUAUUUGGAAUCUCUUGCGAAGGGGAAAACCUCAGAUGCUAUGAAGAAACUAGUACAACUUACUCCAGCAACAGCGAUACUAAUCGAAGGCAAAGGAGAAAGAGAGAUAGAUGCAUUACUGAUCCAUCCUGGUGAUUCAUUAAAAGUUCUACCUGGUGGAAAGAUCCCUGCAGAUGGUGUUGUGGUGUGGGGUUCAAGUUACGUCAAUGAAAGUAUGGUGACUGGUGAAUCAGUUCCUGUAUCUAAAGAGGUUGACUCACCCGUGAUCGGUGGUACUAUUAAUAUGCAUGGUGUUCUUCACAUCAAAGCUACAAAAGUGGGAUCUGAUGCAGUUCUGAGCCAGAUUAUUAGUUUGGUGGAGACAGCCCAAAUGUCCAAAGCUCCUAUCCAGAAAUUUGCAGACUAUGUUGCAAGUAUUUUUGUUCCGGUAGUGAUCACUUUGGCAUUGUUCACUCUAGUAGGCUGGUCAAUUGGUGGAGCUGUUGGAGCUUACCCAGACGAAUGGCUGCCCCAAAACGGAACUCACUUUGUUUUCUCGCUUAUGUUCUCAAUAUCCGUUGUGGUAAUUGCUUGCCCUUGUGCGCUUGGCUUGGCAACACCGACCGCUGUCAUGGUUGCAACAGGAGUUGGAGCCACCAAUGGUGUUUUGAUCAAAGGAGGAGAUGCAUUGGAGAAAGCUCACAAAGUGAAAUAUGUAAUCUUCGACAAAACAGGCACCUUAACUCAAGGGAAAGCUACCGUGACAACCGCAAAAGUUUUCUCAGAGAUGGACCGUGGAGAGUUCCUAAUACUUGUCGCUUCCGCUGAGGCUAGCAGUGAACACCCAUUGGCAAAAGCUAUAGUUGAGUACGCUAGGCAUUUCCAUUUCUUCGAUGAAUCUGCCGAGGACGGUGAAACAAAUAACAAAGUUUCUCAAAACGCUGGAUGGUUACUCGAUACUUCGGACUUCUCUGCUCUUCCAGGGAAAGGCAUUCAGUGCUUAGUCAACAACAAGCUGAUUCUGGUUGGAAACCGUAAACUUAUGUCAGAAAACUCCAUAACCAUCCCAGACCAUGUAGAGAAAUUUGUAGAAGAGCUUGAAGAAAGCGCAAAGACAGGAGUCAUUGUAGCCUAUAACGGUGAAUUAGUAGGUGUGAUGGGAGUUGCUGAUCCGCUAAAGCGAGAAGCUGCUGUAGUCGUGGAAGGUCUCCUUAGAAUGGGUGUUAGACCCAUAAUGGUUACUGGUGAUAACUGGAGAACAGCAAGAGCAGUCGCCAAAGAGGUUGGUAUCGAAGACGUCAGAGCUGAAGUCAUGCCUGCAGGAAAAGCUGACGUGAUCCGUUCACUGCAAAAAGACGGAAGCACAGUGGCCAUGGUUGGAGAUGGAAUCAAUGACUCGCCAGCUCUAGCAGCUGCUGACGUGGGAAUGGCCAUUGGUGCAGGGACUGAUGUAGCAAUAGAAGCAGCUGAUUACGUUCUGAUGAGAAACAACUUAGAAGAUGUUAUUACAGCCAUUGAUCUCUCUCGCAAAACCUUAACAAGAAUCAGGUUAAACUACGUUUUCGCCAUGGCUUACAACGUAGUGUCGAUACCGAUAGCAGCAGGAGUGUUCUUCCCGAUCCUGAGGGUGCAACUGCCGCCGUGGGCCGCUGGAGCGUGUAUGGCACUCUCAUCGGUGAGUGUUGUUUGCUCUUCUUUGCUUCUUAGAAGAUACAAGAAGCCGAGACUUACCACUAUUUUGGAAAUCACCAAGGAGUAA